CUAGAUUUAGCUAAGCCGGUUAACUUAGCACCAGGAUGCUCGGCUGGUGGGGCUAGAGUAGACGCUAGGUUAUUUUGGGACAUCCUCGGCCCCGCUGCUUAAGAUGAGGAGGUCCUAAAAUGAACACCCGGACCUUCCUGCCGGCAGAUUAGCGAAGCCACCCAGCCGCGCCUCAUCCUCACCCACACUCUCCCGCUCCCCAGUAACUGCAAAGUGCAAAAGAGCUGGCCAGGGCCUGCAGAAAGCGCAGCGCCUCCGAGCCUGGCACGCUUUUCCCCUUCCCUCCCCCGGGCAGCGAGCCCAGCGGCCCCCCGGGUGAUGUCAGUGGGAUCCUGAGCCCCAUCCCGCUUCACGGCUGGGGGCGGGCAGACGGUGCUCCCCCACGCUGGGCAGAGCGGGGUGUCGCUCGCGGGGCCGCUGGCGCCCCAGGCCUCCCCCGCCCCGGGGCGGUCGCUCUCGGGCGCCGGGGUCCCCCGCAGCCGCGCGCGCCGACCCCGCCGGCCCGCGCCACGCUCCGCCUUGGACGCCGCGGGUCCCGGCGCGGGGGUGCGCGGGGGGUGGGAGCGGGCGCGGGCUCAGCCUGAUUUACGGCUCUGCUGAAAACCGCUUUGCUCCCGCAGCAGUAGCACCGGCCGCCGCGGCAGCAGCAGCGGCUGCAGCUGCAGCAACAAGUCGGGACCUGAAGAGUAAUGCAACAGCAGGCUUUUGAGGCAAGCAGAUACCCCUGGCAGGAGUCCUUCCAGAAUGUUGCCGUGUGCCUGCCGUUCCGCUGCCCGAGGUGUGGAGACCAUACCAGGUUUAGAAGUCUGUCCUCGUUGAGGGCCCAUCUGGAAUUCAGUCACAGCUACCAGGAAAGAACCCUCCUGACCAAAUGCAGCCUCUUCCCAUCCCUCAAAGACACAGACCUAGUCACUGCCUCAGAACCCCUGAAACAGGGAAAACUGCAGGGUACGGGCCACGUGGUGAAGCAGAAACCCAGCUAUGUGAACUUAUACAGCAUUUCGCACGAACACUCCAAGGACAGGAAGCCAUUCGAGGUGGUGGCCGAGCGGCCCGUGUCCUAUGUGCAGACCUACACAGCGCUGGACCUGCGUGCAGACUCGCUGGAGGGGCCGCGCUCCAGUCCCGGACUGCCCACCUCGGACACCAAAGCCGCUUUCGAGGCCCACAUCCGAGAAAAAUUCAACCGGAUGGUCGAGGCCGUGGACAGGACCAUCGAGAAGAGAAUCGAUAAACUCACCAAAGAGUUGGCCCAGAAAACGGCCGAACUGUUGGAAGUUCGGGCGGCCUUUGUGCAGCUGACGCAGAAAAAGCAGGAGGUGCAGAGGCGAGAGCGGGCCCUGAACCGCCAGGUGGAUGUGGCGGUGGAGAUGAUCGCUGCGCUCAGGCAGCGCCUGAGCGAGUCCGAGGAGGAGCUGCUCCGGAAGGAAGAAGAAGUUGUUACAUUCAACCAUUUCCUGGAAGCAGCAGCUGAGAAGGAGGUCCAAGGGAAAGCCCGGCUCCAGGACUUUAUUGAGAAUCUGUUGCAACGGGUAGAACUGGCAGAAAAGCAGUUAGAGUACUAUCAAAGCCAGCAGGCUGCUGGCCUCUGCCGAGACAUCAGUGAGCACGUGCUUACAGAUAUCUUCUCAAAUAGGAAACCCAAAUGCCUAAGUAGAGGGCAUCCACAUCCUGUGUGUAACCACGCUGAUCUCAAGACCCAUUUUCAUCCAAAAGGAAGGAGCUACCUGAGAAAAGCCAAGGAUGACAGAGCCAGCAUGCAGCCUGCUAAAUCCAUUCACGAACAGGCUGAGUCCCCAAGAGAACUCUGCAGACCAUCGAAGAAAGGGGAGCCUCUGGGGUUUAGCCGGAAAGGCAACAUCAGGCCCAAAAUGGCCAAAAAAAAGCCAACAGCAAUUGUGAACAUCAUCUAAAAGGGUGGUGGCCCUGGACUAUCAUUGCCGGGCUUUGCAGAAUGUUAUUCUGGGGGCCAACAAUAAUGCCCUUUGGGAUACAUCUCAUAGUAAGACACGUUGGAAAAAAGAAGGGCAUAAUACAUUUAUUUCGUGGCCAUUCAGGCACCUGGAUUAACCAGAAUUUAACAAACGGGAAUCUCGGGGAACCAGAAAUUUAUUACAGGCCCCUUUUAGAAGCAAGAGGCAGAUUACAGAAAGAAUUGAAAAAAAAAAAAAUGAAAACAGUCUUAUUCCAAAAUUUUAGUUAAAAGAAAGCUCCAACUUGUAAAAUAAAUAGACCACUCUCCAAUAGUGUCUGCAUCUGGGGUUCUGUGUGGGGGUGAUUCAGCCGACGCCCAAGGCCACACAAGAUGUCAGGCACUAGGAAGAAAGUCUUCUGUGUCCACUGCUCUCUAAAUUGUGGGGCAAAGAAUGGGAAUGCAAAGUUCUCUUAAUGGCAGUGAAAUAGUAAUAUUUUUAUUUGUUUUUAACUUUGCCCUCCAUUAAUUUGAAAGCUUCCAAAAAUAAGGAUUCCUGUUUCCCCAAGUAUUCUGGUUAAUCAAUAUUUCAACGUUUGGGUUGCUUCCAGGACUCAUCUCGUUAGACUUCAGUUUUCAUUUCCAGUUUGUUCGAUUCAGGUUUGUUGUUUCCCUGGAUGCGUGUUUAUUCUGACUUUGGGGCGCCUCUGCUCUCUCCUUUGGCUGAGCGUUCUGCACCCCGAGACCAAGCUGCAGCCUCUGUCUUCAAAGCCAUUAGUGUUGUCUGUGGUUGGGACGGAAAACCCCAUCAAAACCUUAUAGCCAUGAAACUCUUUGAUCAGUUCCCAUCACAGUUCCGGGUCUGAAGGGCUGGAGCAGCCCCAGAUGGCACGUCUCGUGCAUCGUGAGCCGGGGCCUGGCAACACUGCAGACCUUCCUCAGCCCUUUCCUGCUGCCCUGGUAAUAGCAGUGGCCGCUGGGGGCUCUGGGCAUGCUGUCCCCUUGCUGGCCUCCCUUUUCCACCUCCCGCUGCUUCUGUGCCCUUUGAUGAUUAAAUAUACGUCCUUACCUUCCAAGCAGGUGUUUGAAGCGUUCACUGGACACUGCUUUCUAAAGUAGUUUCUGAAACAAACAGUGCAUGUGGGAUCCACAGUCUGAGACUGUCCUCUCCCUCCCAAAAAAAAGCCUUCAAUUCCAUAAAGAACCAUCUGUUAAGAACCUCCUGCUUUAUGGUUCUCAUCAAGAAUGAAUUUCCAUGUUACUUUUUUUUUUUUUUAAUGUUAACAAUAUCAUCAGGUCUUCUACAGAGUUUACAAGUGCUGACAUCCUUCUGGAAAAAAGAGUAGUUAUGUCCACAAAUGUAUACAUAUACAUAUAUAUAUAUAACACAAAAUAUAUAUGUCAGGUAUAUUAAUAAUUUAUUUUUAAAUACUCAGCAAAAGGUGUGUGUUUGUAGUGGGUGGUUUUUAAACUAUAUACAUUAGUUCAUGUAAGCUGAAUUCUCUUAUUUUGAAAAUUAAAAGUGUAACCUAAUUAACAUUAGUAGAAUAAUUGUUAUUGCAAUAAACAUCAGAUUAGCAAUGCAUUAAAAAUAGGUAUAAUGCAGUUACUUAAAUUGCCAGUAAGUUGAAAAGUGUAACUUAUCAUUAUACAAAUAUUUUUAACCUAUCAUCGUGAAAACGUUGAUUUUUGAACCUUCACUUUGACAUCUGGCUCACGGGGGUGGGCCAUUCAUCUGGUGUAUAGGCAACUAUCAAGUGGGAAAAAACAUUGCUGUGAAGUGAAUAUCACUGUUUAGGCUAACAUUGUAAAAAUUGUAGUGUUACAAUUAUUGUUUAUUUGGAGACUUAAUCUCCUCCAAAGUUAUUUAUUAUUGAUGUUUAUACCAUGAUUGCACUCUAGCCUUUUACAUACUAAAAAAUUGAUUUGUUGGUUGUAUUGCAUGCCCUUUGUCCUGUAACACGUGUGUGCAAUGACAACAACUUGUUUUUAAAGGUGGUAGAGCCAGAUUUUUUUCGUUUUAUUUAACGUAACCUACAUUUUCAGUUUUUAUUUAAUAUGCCUACAGGGCAUGACAGCUCUCUUUGACAGUGGUACUCGGUUAUCUUCAGAAAGCACCAUAAUGUCAUAUCUACUCUACAUACAUUACACAAGACAAAUGAUUUUAAGAUUUAUUAUAUUAAAAAAUUCUUUUUAAUUCCAACUCAAUUCUGACCGUCAUACAAGGAAAUGCAUUAUAUAUGUUGUGCUUCCUUAGAGACGUAAAUUUGCUGUUGAAACAUGGGAGCUGGCUCACUCUAAGGGAUAGUUCACUUACAUGCCAUGGCCUGGGCCAUGUACCAUGUCCCACUUGGGUCUUAUUUUUAAAUAUAUAUAUUUUGUCCACAUGGGCAUUCAACCUGUGAGUUGAUUUUUGGAGAAAUUACCAAAGUUUCUGGGAAAACAUGUUCAAGGCUAUGCUGAAGAAUGGAUCUAAUUUUAUUAUUUGUUUUGUAAGGAAGAAAUUUUUCUUUGAAGUGGGCUUUCAUUCUUUUAUUCCCAAACUAGGUUAUAGAUUUUCAACUGCAAAGUUCAGGUUGCUUAGACACUGUUUUCCAGCAUUCUGCAGGGUAGAUCACUUGUAUGGAAAUUGGAAUUUUCUUUUCCCAGAAUUCAAAAGAAAAACUUUUUAGAUUAUGAAAUAAAUAUAAUAAUAAAGCUAUAUUUAUGA